AUGCGUCGCUUGCUCGUGUUCUUGAUAGUUUCGAGGGCGGGUGAGUUGAACUUUAACAUCUUUUGACCGUUACCCUAUUCAGUAAAUUCUGAAAUCUCUUCCUCUUCCGACCUGAACUGCGAUUUCACCUCCACGUGCCGUUGGAGAAACUCUUCGGAUGUCGGCGGACACUUUGAAACCGCCUCGCUCUUGGAGACGGAUGCUCAGAACAGAAUCAUGCCGCUGGACGAGAACAAUCGUGAGUCAGUCGGGGGAUUACCUCCCUCCCUCCCCGUCUAAAAAGCAAUCUCACAACGGUCUUCUUUCAUUAUCUUGGUGUCUAGCACAAACACGCCGAUUUGCAGCCAAACCAUUCGCAUUCACCGCCGGAUUGAUGGGCAGAAUGAUGGCGUUGUUGGUGUCUGAGGUAUUCGGAAAACAAAACGGAAGGAAGCGGGACAGUUUUUCAUUGAUUCCAGGUGAUAACGUGUCAGUUGGGAGGUGCCAGCAUCAAGUACUGGUACUACAAGACAGGCCUCGAUUCGCAGCUCGACGUGUGCAUUCGUCAACCGCCCGGAAACAAGGACUUGAGUCAGAUGAGGUGAAUUUUGACCCGCAAUAUCAUUAAUCUUUCUGUUUUCAUGUAGACCUGUAUACUAAUCUCAUUGUUUGUUCUUACCAGUCUCGACUGAUAGCUAUUUGCUAAAGGGAAAGUCGAGGGAUCUCAUGACAGCUAAUAAUAGUUGGGGAGAUUGAAAUAUAAGCCAACUUUGAACUUUUGAUACUUUGCUCUUGUUCUUUUGUUGAAAAAAAAUCAAAUGUUCAGAUGCUACGACGGUGUCUCCUCGACGUUCGGCAAGCAAUGGAUCUUCCGCGCAGUCGAACUGCCUCCGAUCGCGCAGCCCUUCGAGAUCGUCUUCAAAACCGUCUACUCGCCCCCGUCGUCCGUCAUCGCCCUCGACAACAUCGUCUUCGAAGCGACGCUCUGCGGUCAGUUCCCCACUCUUUUUGGUUCCCAUUCUCGGCCCGCUCCUCUUCAGGAUACGGUCGUAACCGACGCGAGAUUCGGCGCAUCGGAUACCACGACUGGCAGUCUUAUCGCUCGUCGAACUUAUACAACGGAGAACUGAUGUUGAUUGUUGCUCAAGAUGUUGCGGAUAAGUUGAGCACUACUAGUACCACCACGGCGCCUUCUGUCGGGCUCGAAGCAAAGAUUACUGUACUGAGUUCUACGACGGAGGUGCCAACUAGUACCACUACAACCACAAGUCCCCCGACAACAACAAGCGAGGUUUCAAGUACAACCACCUCAGCACCACCAACAACUUCUUCUUCUUCUUCUUCUUCUUCCUCUCAAGACCCUCCCACAAACAGCACUCCCAGCAUAUCCAAUGAGCAACAGUUCGCCAACUUUGUGAACUUUCUCAAGCAAACCGCUCCCGUUCUUCCGUACAUUCCGACUCUCGUCCGAUCUCUGACAGCCCUCGAUCCACGGGCGCCACCUCCUGAAGACAUUUUGGCAUUGGCUUCGGGGCAAUCGUCUCAGGCUCCGAUUGUUCCAGACGUCAGGAGAAGUCCAGUUACAUCUUCGCACUUCUACAAUACGAACCAACCGACCCUCAUGCCAACGGAUAUCAACGAUCAAAAAUCGCUUGUGGACCUGGCCAAAAGGUUUGGGCUUUGGGAGGAGACUACUCCUACUCCUACUCCUACUCCCCAACAAAUCUCAAGCUCUGUCAACUCAUUCGGACUGCCCGAUAAGAUACCUGAAACAGCCAUCUACCCACCGAAUCUCUUGCUAAAGAAAAAGAUUACGAUGAACCCGAUCAAGAAGAUACCGAAAACCUCGGACGACAUCGAAGAGUAUCACAAGAGUCUGUUCAAGAUCAGCACGACUACCGCUGCGCCUCCGAUGCUCUCUUCCACGGAACUCAUAAUAUUCAAGCAGCCCUCUGAUGGGGAGGCCGAAGUGGCGGAGAAGCUCGCGGACAUUGCGAAACUGCUGCCGUCGGGAGCUGUUCAGGACAUGACCGCUCUCCGGAAUAUUCCUGAUUUGGAUGGUCUCACCAAGGGAAUGGACCUGACGGACAUCAGAAAGCCCGGAGGAUUCGGAAGACUCAAGACGCAGUUCAUGGAGAGGCUGAUGCGAAGGACUUUGGGAUUGCCGAUGGACACGGACGACGUCAGGUUGUUGCCUCCGCCGAUCGUUCCGAUGAAAGUGACGAGGAAGAUGAUGGCGGAGAUGAUGAGGAGAAAAGCCGCCAGGAGACGGAUGACCUAG